AUGUUAAUGGUUAGAAGAUAUCCAGUGAUUAAUCAUUGGACGUUAGAUCAGUUGAAAGUAAGGGAAAUAAAGGAAAUUGCAAACGGAGGUUUUGGAACACCAUCUGGUACAUUGAAGAAUGUUGAUGAAGUUGCUAGAGGAUCAAUUUUAGAGUUUCAUUCAGAAAUUAAGUGGUGUUUAAUAGAUAUGUCUAAGAAGAUGGAUAAAGCUUUUAAAAAGCAUGGAAAUCUGAAAAUAAUAGAGUUCUACGGAUUGAAGGUGAAAGAGUUAUGUUCUGCAUAUAAAGCUUUUCGUCAUAUUAAUUCUAAAUCUGAAUCAACUUUUGAGUCAUAUGACAAAAGCAGUAGUUGUGAUGAUAAGUUUUCGGACAUUAGAGAUUUUGGUCAGUCUAUUAAAAACAGUGUUGGAAUUAAUAAAUCUGGUGUGGGUAAAGAGUAUGGCAAAACUGGUUUUAAUGAAACUAAUUUGCAUGUGGAUUGUGAGGAUGUUCAUAGGAACAAAUGUGUAAUUGAGGAUAUUCCUUCUUUUAAUUUAGGAAUUGAGGAUGACAUCUAUACUCCCAGAAAAGUUAAUAUUGGUGUUGAUAGUUAUGUUAUUAAGAAUUUUGUUUCUGUUGGAAUAUGUUCUUCUUCAGUCAAAGGAAAUGUAAUAAAUUAUCUUGAUAUAAAUGAAAACGUUAAAAAUACUUGA